GGACAAGAGUAUAUUACAUAAUUGGUAAUAAAAUGCUAAACAUUUUUAAUAGUCUUUUAUAAAUAUUUAAAUUUUUUUUAAGUAAAUCUGGAAAAAACGGUGUAUAAGGUUGAAGUUCACGCCUGCGUGACGUUUAAAAUAUAUAGUAAUGAUAAUUUAUAUGUAAGAAAAAAAAACAGACAAUUCUUAAAUAAAAUUGUGAAAUAAAAAUACCUUAUAAUUUUUAUUAAAAUGCAAAGUGUGAUAAAUAGUGUCAAAGGCACAGCUCUUGGUGUCGCCGAAUAUUUAACACCUGUUUUAAAGGAAUCGAAGUUUCGGGAAACGGGUGUAUUAACUCCAGAAGAGUUUAUAGCAGCCGGUGACCAUUUAGUACAUCACUGCCCUACAUGGCAAUGGGCUGGGGGAGAUGAAACAAAAGCAAAACCAUAUCUUCCACGUGAUAAACAAUUUUUAAUCACUCGAAACGUACCGUGUUCUCGACGAUGUAAACAAAUGGAAUAUUGCGAUGAUCAUGAACAGAUAAUUGAGACUGAUGAUAACGACGGUGGGUGGGUAGAUACACAUCAUUUUGAUAAUUCAGCGGAUACAGGAGUUGAAGAUAAAGUAAGCGAAAUGACGUUAGACAAUGCAAAGGAUACGGAUGAGGAAGAUAAUAAUGAGGAUUCCGAUGAAGAUGACGAGGAAGCUGCUGAUAUGGAAGAAUUUGAAGAGAGUGGUAUGCUUGAAUCCGAUCAAGCUGUAGUACAAAUUAAACCAGUACCAAAAACACCAGCUAACUCCACAGAGGAAACUGAUGAAAUUUUACAUACCCGAACUUAUGAUUUACAUAUCACGUAUGAUAAAUAUUAUCAAACACCUAGACUAUGGUUGUAUGGUUACGAUGAGAAUCGGAAAGCUUUAAAUGUCGAUCAAAUGUAUGAAGAUGUGAGUCAGGAUCAUGCUAAGAAAACGGUUACAAUGGAAGCACAUCCUCAUUUAACUGGACCACCUAUGGCAUCUGUACAUCCAUGUCGACAUGCCGAAGUUAUGAAAAAAAUUAUUCAAACAGUUACGGAGGGCGGGGGAGAGUUGGGCGUUCAUAUGUAUUUAAUUAUAUUUUUAAAAUUUGUUCAAUCAGUCAUUCCAACAAUUGAAUACGAUUAUACGCAAAAUUUCACAAUGUAAAAUUGAUUUUUUUAUAAAAAAAAGACCUCAAUAAUCAUGGCGAAAUUUUCCAGCUUUAGAUUUUUAAUGAUCUUGCCUAAUGUAAUAUGGUAGUAAAUUAAAAAUUUUAUCAUGAUUAUUUUUAUUUUUACAUCUGUGCACACGAAUAUUGUUGUACGCUAAUUACAAUUCGUUCCUCUGCCCCAAAAUAUUUGCUUCGAUGUUUACACACACUAUUAAAAAAUCGCAGCUAUAAUUCAAAUUUUAAUGUUGCGCUUCGGCAAUCUAUUGUUUUCUCAUUUUAAAUGUAAUUUUU